AGGAGCUGCGUGGGCAUCAACCCCACCCCUUCCCGACAGUGAGGAAAGCCUGAGGGGUUAGCGCUAGCAGCCGACCAUUCGGCGUGACGGGAAGUUAGGGGUACCGGAGGCUGCGAAAGAGCGACAAAGUGAAAGCAGCACGCUUUUAGUUUCAAUUUCCCUUCUGUUGCUGUUUCUGGGAUCACUGGCUCUGCGAGCUCCGCCGCUCUGUGGCGGGGGCGAGAUACUCAGAAGCGAAAACUAACUCAGGGUUGGAUUCGGGACCAGCCCGAAGAACCCUAAAGUUUAUUUCCUAAACCAGGGAUGCAGAGCACUUCGAAUUACCUCUGGUUACUCAGUGAUGUCCUCGGACAAGGAGCAACUGCAAAUGUGUAUAAAGCACGUCGCAAGCAAACUGGAGAUCAUUAUGCCGUCAAGGUGUUCAAUCAUGUCAGUUACAUGCGUCCUUAUGAAGUGCAGAUGAGAGAGUUUGAAAUGUUACGUAAACUGAACCACAAGAAUAUUGUCAAGCUGUUUGCCGUAGAGGAAGUGGGAAGCACCAAGCAGAAGGUCCUUGUGAUGGAAUACUGUGCCGGUGGAAGUCUACUCAAUGUCUUGGAAGAAUCAGAAAACACUUUUGGCCUUUCGGAAUCUGAGUUCCUGAUUGUGCUGCAGAGCGUGGUUGCUGGCAUGAAUCAGCUGAGGGAAAAUGGAGUUGUGCACCGGGACAUUAAGCCAGGGAACAUCAUGCGAGUGGUCGGGGAAGAUGGUCAGUCCAUCUAUAAACUGACGGACUUCGGAGCAGCCAGGGAACUGGAGGAUGGUGAACAGUUCAUGUCACUGUACGGGACUGAAGAAUAUUUGCACCCAGAUAUGUAUGAGCGUGCUGUGCUCCAUAAACCCCAACACAAGAAGUAUGGAGUCACGGUGGAUCUGUGGAGCAUUGGUGUGACCUUUUACCAAGCAGCUACUGGCAGUCUACCUUUCAUUCCAUUUGGAGGGCCUCGCAAGAAUAAGGAGAUGAUGUAUAAAAUCACAACGGAGAAGCCAGAGGGAACCAUCGCAGGGGUGCAGCGCAGGGAAUGUGGACCCGUGGAGUGGAGCAAAGACCUGCCAAUCACUUGCAGGCUCUCAGUAGGCUUGAAGCUUCUCCUGGUUCCCAUCCUCGCCAAUAUCCUAGAGGCCGAUCAAGACAAGUGCUGGGGAUUUGACCAGUUCUUUGCAGAGACCAAUGACAUCCUCCACAGAACUGUGAUCCAUGUCUUCUCACUGCCGCAAGCUACGAUACAUAAAGUUUAUGUCCAUUCCUACAACACAAUCAAUGUAUUGAAGGAUGCCAUUUUUAGACAGACUGACAUACCAGCUCCCGAUCAGGAGUUUAUUCAUGAAGGGCACUGCUUGGAGCUGGGCUUGGUCCAGCAGGUGAACUUGGUACCAAGAACAACAGAGGAGAGGCCAAUCAUUCUGGUGAGCAAGGAGCAGAAGGCACCCAUUGGAAUCGUAUACAAAGAGCCCGAGGUGCCAACCUUUCCACCAAAAUUUGACUUGAUCAGUGAUGCAAAUCUUGCAAAGACUGUGACGAGUGCUGUUCACCAACUGCUAAGAAUCACAAAAUCCUUAAUGAAGUGUCAAGACAUCAUCUUUCAGGGAUUAUACUGGAUGCUUGCAAUCUUGAAGGAGGACUGCAGAAAAACUAUUCAGCAAGUUACGACUUUGAAUCAGAAGUUGGAUUUCUGCCAGAGCACCAUGAUGAGCAUUCAGAAGAUAUGUGGCCCACACUAUCGAACGAAUCCAGCUGAAGUUGGUGAUGUCCACGUUAAGCUGCAAUCGACAAUGGAUUUCUUGGCAAGCGUCUCACAGAAUGUUCAAAACAGUCAGAAGCAACUGGAUCUGAUAGCUGCAGAAUGGUCCAACAGCAGUGACCUCCAUCACAAAGACAAUACAAUCGGAAAAGUGGGAGUCUUACUUGAGAAAGUGUCCGCUAUUCACCACCAGCUCAAAAAAGAUCGAAUGAGAAUGAAGCUGCAGUAUAAUGAUGAGCAGAUCCAUAAAUUUGAGAAAAUCAAAAUGGGAAUCCAUGCCAAGAAGGUGCUGGUGUUGUUCAAAGAUGAUUGUGUACCAAAGUAUCAGAAGCUGCUAACCUGUUUGAAGGACUGGAUGAGGACUGCCUGUGACAUCAGGAAGCAACUGAGACCUCUUUGUGAACAAUACGAGAAUCUCAGUCAGGAUCUGGAAAACUGUGAAGCUUAUUUGAACAAGAUACUGGACCAGGUCCUUUUGAGGCUCCAAGACGACCAACAAACCUUGACAAAAUCAACAGCCUUGGCUAUCUACCCUGAACAGAAAUGCAUGGAAAUGGCCAUCAGGAUGAAGCAGCUGAAGAAGGAGAUGGAAGACGUAACUCAGGAACUCCAGCACAACAACAUGAUCAUCCAAAGACUACAUGAUGUUCAGCAGCCACGAGGUGUCUGAGGUUUGGCAAUUAAAGAUGAGACAAUGGAGUGAAGAAAGGCAAUCGUGCCAUGUCUUGCUAAGACAUCACCGUGACAUUGGAAGGACCAGAAUUCCAUUUAAAAACUGGACAUGCCUUACUGAAGCAUGGAGAGACACGAAUUCAGACUUGUUGAAAUGUCACAAUGUAAACUGAGUAAUGAUGGUGGAACCUUCCUCCCAGUUUAUUUUCGUGCCUAUAGAAACUAGAAGAUUGAGUAAUGAAAAAUGCAAGAGCUAUAGCCCAUCUUAAUAAUUGUUAGAAAGUCUACUGCUUGUAACACCAGUGUGCGUGUCUGUGUUUGGGAGUGAGAUUGGAACUUCUUAAUAUUUAAUUUGAACUUUGAUUGUAUGUACAGUUGUCUAAUCUUCAGUCUCUUUUUACUAAAAGAACAAGUGUAGACAGGAGGUUCCCAAGCUGCUUCGUGAUUUAAUACUGCCCAGGGGCUGCUCUCUUUCCUCAACACAUCCUAUGUUUUUUUGAUUACUAUUAUCUUUUGGUUUAUUAACCUGUGCCUUGAAUGAAAUCUGUAUUUGAAUGUCUACUCACCACCUAUAAUGGGACGGUUGAGUGAUUAUACCAUUAAACUCUUGGUACUAUACCCAAGGAACCCAAUGAAGUUGGAGGUUAAAUGAAGUUGCUUCUAUUGGUCCUCGCAGUUGGAUGGCUCUGGAUUAAUAGUAAAGCAUAUUCUCUUGUCAUUGUGUCAUGUUUCAUUACACUCUAAGAAAAUGGUUGCCUUGCACAGUGUCUGGUGAGGAGGGCUGUAGACUUGUCGUCCCUGGUUUCUGUUUGAUAUCAGGUCCGUUGGCCAAUAAUGCCAACACUGUCAUGCCUACACAGGCUGAUUCCACUUACCAGGAAAGAACAGAGCAUCAUGAGCAGUGAUAGUUAGCAAAGCGCCAACUCAAGGUGCUGCUCAGAUAACUCAACCCAGAAUCAAACCUAGUCUGCUCUAAUAAGUCAGUAUCUCACUGCAGAACAACACAAGGCCAGUCAACCCAUUAAGCAUUUGAACAUUGUACCACUCAAAAAGAUUACGGAUAAUCUAGCAUCAAGCACAAUUGAUACAAAACUAACAUUGGAUUUGAGCAGAAGAAAUGGAAAAUGCUGGGGAUACUCAAUAGAUCAGGCAGCAUCUGAAGAGUGAAGAACAAGACUUGCAAUAGAAAUGGCAUUGAGUGAUGCAGCAGGUUUUCAGGAAGUGCUGCGGCAGAGAAAGGGAGAAGUGCAGAAAACAAAAUGGCUGCAGUGGUGACGUGAGAAGUUGGUGGUACAAUUGGAUACAAUGGCACAGGUGAAAGCUGAAGAGAAGUGGGAGUAGCAGAGUCAUUAUCACUAGGGAAGACGGGAAGACUAUUGGAAGACGGGAUCAGAGGUUACAAAUUGAAACUUGAUCUUUAUUUCUAGCAGUCUUUGCAUUGUGCCCAACUGAAAAGUGGAAGGUUGUUCUUCGACCUGUGUGAGAUAUGGAGCUCCUUAAAAGCACUGUCAUUCUUUUGAUAUUGAAAAAUCCCAGUUUUCUACAACCUUUUCAUGGAAUAAUUAUUCCAGUUUCCUUUACUACAAAUAACAGCUUACCAUAUAGGUACAUGCAGAGCAUAUGCUAUUCCUGGAAAAUGUACUCAAUCAGGACUGUUCCCAACCCCAGCUCAUCCCAGACUCUUACUCUCUACAAAGUGUAUUACAAAAAUGAUUCCAGGCUUAAAUGGCUGGCCAUAUGAGGGACAUUUGAUGGCCCUGGGCCUGUAUUCGCUGGAAGUUAGGAGAAUGAGAGGUGACCUAAUUGAAACCUAUCGCAUGGCAGAAGGUCUUGACAGAGUAGAUGUAGAGAGGAUGUUUCCUAAAGGGGUUGAGUGUCUAGGACCAGAGGGUGCAGCCUCAAAAUAGAGGGGUGUCCUUUUUGAACAGAGAUGAGGAGGAAUUCCUUUAGCCAGUGAGUGGUGAAUCUGUGUGGAAUUUGUUGCUACAAGCAGCUGUGGAGGCCAAGACUUUACGUAUAUUUAUGGCAAAGUUUGAUAGAUUCUUGAUUGAUCGGGGCAUGAGGGAAUAU